UCUUUCAGCGGGCCGGCAGUGUGAUUAAAGGUCCCCUUUCAGCCAAUCACAAGCCAGCCCCCCACCCUUCCACAUGCACUAUAGGACAUAUAGCUGGCUGUAUAAAGUGUCUUGUCUAGUACACUGACUACACAACAACAGCAGCAGAAAUCAUCACCCUGCUACUGCAAAUUGACGGGCAAAACUGUUUGACCAUGAUGUCCCUGUACUUGGCAGUGUUGGUGCUCUGUAUGAGUGCAGUGUAUGCGGCCCCUAUGUUUGACUCUCAGUUAGAGGGCCACUGGCACUUGUGGAAGAACUGGCACAGCAAGAACUACCAUGACAGGGAGGAGGGAUGGAGGAGGAUGGUUUGGGAAAAGAACCUGAAGAAGAUUGAGAUGCACAACCUGGACCACUCUAUGGGAAAACACUCCUACCGUCUGGGCAUGAACCACUUUGGUGACAUGACCAACGAAGAGUUCGGGCAGCUCAUGAACGGCUACAAGCAGACGACUGAGAGGAAGUACAAGGGCUCUCUGUUCAUGGAACCCAGUUACCUGCAGGCCCCUAAAGCUGUGGACUGGAGAGAGAAGGGCUACGUCACUCCCAUCAAGGACCAGGGCUCAUGUGGGUCUUGCUGGUCGUUCAGUUCCACCGGGGCCAUAGAGGGCCAGGAAUUCAGGAAGACUGGCAAUCUGGUGUCUCUGAGUGAACAGAACCUGGUGGACUGCUCCAGACCCCAGGGCAACGAGGGCUGUAAUGGAGGUCUCAUGGACCUGGCUUUCCAGUAUGUAAAGGACAACGCCGGCCUGGACACAGAGGCGUCCUACCCCUAUGUGGGCAAGGAUGAUAUUUGCCACUACCGACCAGAGUUCAAUGCUGUCAAUGAAACCGGCUUCAUGGACAUCCCCAGUGGCAAGGAGCACGCUCUGAUGAAGGCUGUUGCGUCUGUCGGCCCCGUCGCUGUCGCCAUCGAUGCCAGCCACAACUCCUUCCAGUUCUACCAGUCUGGGAUCUAUUAUGAGGAGAAGUGCAGCAGUGAGCAGCUCGACCAUGGAGUUCUGGUGGUGGGAUACGGUUUCGAAGGAGAGGAUGUAGAUGGCAAGAAAUUCUGGAUUGUCAAGAACAGCUGGAGCGAGAAGUGGGGAGACAAAGGCUACAUCUACAUUGCCAAAGACAGGAAGAACCACUGUGGCAUCGCUACGGCAGCCAGCUACCCACUGGUCUAGUGUUCUGUAAGUUGUCGAACACUAGACCCAGAGUUUUAGUUUUAGAUAUGUUUGACGAACGUUCUGAAAAAAGGGCCAUGACGACUGCAGUGCUGCCUUAACUAAGUCUGUGAAAUGUGUGAGAGAAACCUGCUGCAUGGGUUUUAAAGAAACACUGUUUUAGGGAAAUUAUGAAAUUCUACCUUUUUUGUUUUAUACUUGAUUUUAUGUGUGUUGGCGAGAUUGUAUGUGUGUUUAGUUCUAUUUGAGUUAAGCAUUCCGUUUAUUUGUAACUUUUCUUGAUGAGACCAGCUAGACUACAUUCUCUAGCACAUAACAUGUCAGUUUGUGCUUACUGUUUGUUUACAACACUGUUGUAGACACAGGAUAUAUAUAUAUCCCUGAGGUACAGUUGAUAUACAGUCUAUUUUUAACUGGAGCGUUCUGUGUGGAGCUGAGAGCAACAACCACUGAAUGAUAAGACAUUGAGGAAGACUAGUGCUCUGAAAUGACUGAGUUUGUUUCUGAAAGUGAGGGACAAAAAAAGAACGCUACACCUGGGUUUGUUUCCUCUACUGCUUUUUAUCUACAGCUAGUGUUUGAGUAAAGGCAUUGAAUGAUAAUGCCUAGACAAGAGCCUAGUGAUGCAGAGACUGAUAUGCCUCAGGGUGGUGUUAGGAGUUGUAUAACAUUCUAACACACAUGUAGAUGAGUUCAAAUUGUGUUUAAUAAUGAACUACAUUCAUCAA